AUGGCAUAUAACCUCUUCCCAGAAAAAUUUAUAUUUGAUCCAAAUGAUGCUGAUAUUACCCAAACAGAAAAGAAAGGUCUAUAUCUGACUGUAUUGAAGGAUUUAUUUAAUAAGAGGUUGAAUCUUAAAGAUUUAAAGCAAAAAGCUUUGAAAGUGUAUAUGAACACUUUUUAUGAAGAAGCUGAAAACUCACUAUCUCCAAUCUUUCUUCGCGAAUUAGCCUGUAGAACUACUAUAGCGGAAAAAUACAACCUUAAUCUUAUUGCCGAAUUUAUAUCAAAGAAAGGGUUUGAUAUAAAAUAUAGGAAUACCGAUUCUUUGUAUCUCACCUGCCCAGAUAGGUAUUAUAAGAAAUGUGAUGAAUCCUUCUCCAGAAAAGAACUUUCUAAAGAAGC